AUGCCCGCCGCCGCCCACGCCCUCGUCGACCCGCGGGCCGUCCGCUCUUCAGCCUCGACGCCGUCGUUACGGGCUCGCGAUGGCACGCUUCCCAGGUUGGACAAUGGAGGAAAUGUGCGUGUCGUGGUGCGCGUCAGGGCCUUCCUGCCUCGAGAGAUCGAACGAGGCGCAGAAUGCCUCGUGGACAUGGACCCCAUCAGCCAGGUCACAACCCUCCUCCCUCCCAACGACAGCGACCCCGCCAACAACAGGUUGAUCAAGGCGCGAAAGGUCAUCGAGGAGAGGAACUUUGCCUUUGACAACUCCUUCUGGAGCCACAACCCCAGCGACCCCCACUACGCCCACCAGGAGGAUGUCUAUAACAGCCUUGGCGAGGAGUUCCUCGACCACAACUUCGAGGGUUACCACACCUGCAUCUUCGCCUAUGGACAGACGGGCUCAGGCAAGAGUUACACCAUGAUGGGCACCCCAGACCGCCCAGGCCUCAUCCCACGCACGUGCCAGGACCUCUUCGAGCGCAUCGAGGCCGCCCAGAAUGAAACGCCCAACAUCUCGUACGGUGUGCGAGUCUCCUACUUUGAAGUUUACAACGAACACGUCCGCGACCUGCUGGUCCCCGUUAUUCCCAACCAGGCUCCCUAUUACCUCAAGAUACGCGAGUCCCCCACCGAGGGCCCCUACGUCAAGGACCUGACCGAGGUCCCCGUCCGCACCAUCGACGAGAUCCUGCGCUACAUGAAGAUGGGCGACAGCUCGCGCACCACCGCCUCGACCAAGAUGAACGACACGUCGAGCCGGAGCCAUGCCGUCUUCACCCUCAUGCUGAAGCAGAUCCACCACGACAUGGAGACGGACGAGACCACCGAGCGGAGCAGCCGCAUACGCCUUGUCGAUCUGGCCGGCAGCGAGCGUGCCAAAGCCACCGAGGCCACGGGCCAGCGCCUGCGCGAGGGUAGCAACAUCAACAAGUCCCUCACCACCCUGGGCCGCGUCAUCGCCGCGCUGGCAGACCCCAAGGCCAAUCACCGAUCUGGCAAGGGCGGCGCGCGGGGUCCCAAGGACGCGGUCGUUCCUUACCGUGACUCCAUUCUCACCUGGCUCCUCAAGGACUCCCUGGGCGGCAACUCCAAGACCGCCAUGAUCGCCUGCAUCGCCCCCUCCGACUACGAAGAGACCCUCUCCACUCUGCGCUACGCAGACCAGGCCAAGAGGAUCCGCACGCGCGCCGUCGUCAACCAGGACCACAUCUCCAGCGCCGAGCGGGACGCCCAAAUUGCCGCCAUGGCCGAGGAGAUCCGCGUGCUGCAGGUCUCGGUGAGCGAGAGCCAGUCAAGGGAGAAGAAUGCCAAGGAGCAGGGUGAGAAACUCGAGGAAUACCAGAACCGCGUCGGCAGCAUGCAGCGCAUGAUGGAGGAGAGAGGACAGGUGUACGAGGCCAAGAUCAGGUCGCUGCAGACCGAGAACGAGGCCCUGCGGCUACACCUGAAGUUGGCCCUCGAGAGCCUCAAGAACCCCAUCUCUGUAGUCCCGAGCGCGAGCCGACCUGGCACGGCGGACGGCCUCCCAAUGGAGGACGGCGAAGAGAAGAAGAAGCACGAGGCAGAUCAGGACGCAGGAGCCUACAAUUCGGAUGACUAUGAGGACCGCCACGACGAGAUGCAGGAUCACAUGCACGCCCUACUCAAGGACCUUGGGAUGUUCAGGAGGAAGAUCGGGGACGACAAGGGCCGCUGGUUUCAUGGCCAGGAAGAAGAGGAGGGAGGUGCAAGACGCCCGCUGGGGGCUCGGCAUGGUCUCUAA